CUUGAGUCUGAUACACGCACGCGGAAAACUGAAGUGGUAGAGUACAUCGCACCAUUGUAGGGGGCCGGGGGAGAAUCGCUUUUUGCUUGCACUCCUGUACUUUUUGUUGAAGUGUCUCCAAGUAAGCAGCUAGUGCAUCAGGUCAGACACAGAAAAUGAACCUUUUCCAGUCUAUAACGAGUGCCUUGGAUAAUGCCUUGUCUAGAGAUCCAACUGCAGUCAUAUUUGGUGAAGAUGUCUCCUUUGGUGGAGUUUUCAGGUGCACUGUUGGCUUGAGAGACAAAUUCGGUAAAGACAGAGUUUUCAAUACACCUUUAUGUGAACAAGGAAUAGUAGGAUUUGGCAUUGGAGUUGCAGUCACUGGUGCUACAGCCAUUGCAGAAAUUCAGUUCGCUGACUAUAUUUUCCCAGCUUUUGAUCAGAUUGUUAACGAGGCAGCAAAAUAUCGCUAUCGCUCUGGAGAUCUCUUUAAUUGUGGAAGUCUUACAAUAAGAGCCCCUUGGGGUUGUGUGGGUCAUGGUGCAUUAUAUCAUUCUCAAAGCCCAGAAGCCUUUUUUGCCCAUUGUCCAGGACUAAAGAUUGUUAUUCCAAGAGGCCCUGUUGAAGCCAAAGGACUAUUGCUAUCAUGCAUAGAAGAUAAAAACCCUUGUAUAUUCUUUGAACCUAAAAUAUUGUAUAGAGCAGCAGUGGAGCAAGUCCCUGUGGAGCCAUACUACAUUCCACUUUCUCAAGCAGAAGUGCUGCAGAACGGAAGUGACGUUACAGUGGUGGCUUGGGGUACUCAGGUUCACGUAAUCAAAGAGGUAGCAGUUAUGGCUCAAGAAAAGCUUGGCGUAUCCUGUGAAAUAAUUGACCUGAAGACUAUUCUUCCUUGGGAUGCAGAGACUGUAUGCAAGUCAGUGGCAAAGACUGGACGAUUGCUGAUCAGCCAUGAAGCCCCUCUUACGGGAGGUUUUGCAUCUGAAAUUAGCUCUACUGUUCAGGAGGAGUGUUUUUUGAAUCUAGAGGCUCCUAUUUCAAGAGUGUGUGGUUAUGACACUCCAUUUGCUCACAUCUUUGAACCAUUCUAUAUCCCAGACAAGUGGAAAUGCUAUGAUGCCCUUCGGAAAAUGAUUAACUAUUGAUCAUGCAGGUAGGAAGAACAAGAAGAAAUUGCAUUAGCCAUUUACAGAGCUAUUAGCAUUAAACUCCAUUUGUUGUUGCAAGGGAAGAACUGUGAGAGAUUUUCUCAAAUGAGUUAUUCUGGAUAUUCAUCUUGGCUAUUCAUCAAACAAUUUCUGCCAGCUGUGGACUCAAGAAUGGGCAGGUGAUUGCUGUAAAAAGUUGGUUGUGAUUUCCCCCCCGCCCCUUAAUUUUGCAUGUAAUGAGACUGCUAAAAAUAUUUUAACAUAUAGUUAUGUCCCAGGUUGCACCCAGUAAAGAUACUGUAAUCAGGAGGCCUUUUGUUCUGUGUGUGUUGCCUUAAUCAAUAAGUCUAUAUUUACAGAAUUUCCACAACAGACCUAUUGUGUAUUUUAAACUAAAACUGGCAAUGAUUGUACACUUUAACAUAAAGACUCUGUUGUGUGAUCAGUGGCAUGAACUGUCAUUUUUUAAAAGCCGCAUGCCCUUAAGCUGAAAUUAUAAGAAAAACUGUGAUCUCAUUCCUAUCACAACAAAUAUUAAAUUGAUCAUAAUGCUGAAAGAAGUUGCCAGCUCAAAGCUUAUUUCGAAGGAGGGGAAGGCUAGUGUAACUGAUGAGGUCAUACAUGUAAUGAGUAUGUGGUUUACCUUGUAAUCCUUGAAGUGGCUGCCCACCCCGCUCUUCACUGACAUAUCAGAUGAAGGCCUAUUGCAGGUCUCUGCUGCAUGUACAUGGAGUGACUUAAAGGACUGUAGUCACCUAUGCUAUCUGUAGUUCUGAUGGUACAUACAUUGUUGUAUCAUCUAACUUUGUAAAAUGUGAUCCAUGAGUUAAUUGGAUUUGAGACCUGCAGUACAUGCAAUGCAGCUUUCAGGAUAUUCCACAAAGCAGAUACUGCUAUAGCAAUCCAGACUUAUAAAAAUGAAGAUUCACAAGGAUUGAAGACCAAUAGAGUGCAGAAGUUGUGAUCUGAUGCCAAUUAGAGCCUAAGUGAAGAGUAUCCUAGUAGAGUACUGUUUGGGGGGUGAGAAAUACUAGAAAAUUGAAAGGUGGUGUUUUUCAGCAAUUAUAGUCUGAAAUGUUAGAAGACAAUUACUCUUACUCCUAAUUUUUGCUGAUUAUGAUAGUAGUCAAGAAAUACAUUUGUUGUAGCCAAUUUUUGUAGUCUAGUCGUCCAGCCCACAAGAGGAUCAAAUCCAGCCAAACCUAGAGUCUAAUGGGAAAAUGGCUUAUACAAUGAAUGCAGUUUUGUAUAGCAAAGUUGUGAUAAUUUUUGGAAGGCACUAUGGAUUGCAUCCAAACCAUGUGUGCAUGGAAGGAAGCUUGCCCAUGGGAACUUACCCACCCACCCUUCCUCCUCCUCACAUCAUAGUGUACUUUCUCUUUGGGGGUGGAAUGAGGUGUUGGAGACCGUGGGAGGGGAAAAUCCACCAAAAUCAGGUGAAGACAUAUUCUGUGAGCAAUGCUCCAUUCAUGAAAGCUGCUCAGUUUUGGAAGAUUCCACCUCUCUCUGCACUUCAUUCCUCCAGAAGGUCUUCCCGAUGCACCGAAGAGUAUUUUGGGGAGAAGCAGAUGGAUGCAUGGGAAAGAAGGGUGGGGGGAUUUCCCUUGUAUGCGUUUGGUUCUACUUGCCCAGUGUUUGAAAUGCAUCCAUUUUGGGAAUGACUGUUGGUGGGAUGUACCAGUUAUUUGUAUACAGUUGGAAGUGCUCCCUCUGCUUCUGCUUUUCUACUACUGUAGGAGGUGGAGUAUGUCUCUCUCUCUCUUUCUUGUAAAUUAAAAAUUAUAGUAAAAUACUCUGCCUUCUUUUUCCUGUGGAAGGGUUUGUGGCCACAUAGGUUGUGGAUGUGUUUAACAGCAGUAUCUUUACUGGCAUUUAAAACUUUUACAAGUAUAACGGGAUUAAUUUUGUGAGUAAUACUAAAUUUGUAAUGUCUCUUCAUUAAAGUGUUUACUCGGAAUGCAGAGCAAAAAAUGUUAGUUUGUGCAUUUCAUAUAUAUUUCAAUUAAAAUGUGCACUUUUCUCUCAACUUUCUGAAGAAUUACAUGUUUACUUACUAACAUGGGCUUCUGCUGUAAAUAAUGUUCUAUAUUUUCCCUGCAUUUAAAAACAUGAAUAGAUCCUCAUGGAGUUGAUGCUGUCAAACUAUUUUCAAUUUCCAUGCUGCUCUCAAAACCUUGUCUAGAUGGCAGUGUGCACCUAUUCAACCUGUAUUUGCAGAUAAAUGCUUUUGAAAUGUGUUUGCCACACCAAACAAGAUACUUGUGGAAGUGAAAAAUGUACAUGGUUCUCACAAAAAUACUGCAUACCACAAUGAAAUCAGUCAGCAUAAGUCAUAAGGAAAAUAUAUCUUAUAACUAACAUAUACAUCUCUCAUAUCCCUAAAUACUUUUGAAGGGAAGAUUUUAAUGUAACAAAUAUAAUAUUUAUGUUAACCCUAUUUUAACAUUCAUUAUUAAAAUAAAAAAAAGUUUAUAUAUAA